AUGAAACUUCUUGCGGCAAUAGUAACCGUGCCUGCAGUUGUCUACGGGGCAACGCAAGACUCAUUAUUAGGGAUUCCGACUGUUCCCUUUAAACGUGACGGGUGCAAGACAUUUGAUCUAUCCAAGAUUCACAGCAUCAUUGUUGAUGCCAAACAUGCAGACACCCGCGACCAAGAUGGCCAGACCUUGAUCCCCCCGACUCUUCAUGAUUUUGCAACAACGUUUGCCCAAGAUCUCAAGGACAUACUUGGUAUUCAUGCCAAUGUCCAAAAAGCCAAUGCUGCUGUCAACGGCAACGUGUACAUUACACUUGGAAACAAGGCAAACUAUCACGACGCUGCUGGCCGCACAACAUCGGAGGGAUACACAUUGACAACAAACAGCUCUGGUGUUUUCAUCACUGGUGCCAGUCCCCUGGGUGCUUGGUGGGCAACACGAACAGUCUUGCAACAAGCAUCUCUACGAAAGCAAAAUGGUGUUCCGUACGGGACCGGCUCCGAUGCGCCUGGCUGGGCAACCCGGGGUAUGAUGCUCGACGCCGGCAGACACUGGUACCCAAAGGAUUUUAUCAUUGAACUCUGCAGCUAUGUCUCGUUCUUCAAGCAAAACAUCUUCCACUUCCACAUCAGCGACAACCUAUACAACAACGCGAACAACACCCUUGAACAAUCGCUAGCGGUGCCCGCUUGGUUCCGACUUUGGUCUGACAACCCCAAGUUCAAAGGAUUAGCAAAACAUCAAAAUGAAUCAUAUUCACGCGCCGACUUUGAAGAGAUUCAGCAACGCUGUGCGGCCAGAGGCGUCACCGUCCUCCCGGAAAUUGAAGCCCCCGGACACGCACUCCCCAUUGUUCAAUGGAAGCCAGAGCUGGGACUAGCCACCGACCGAAGCUUGCUCAACAUUUCUCACCCCGAGACAAUUCCCACCAUGAAAGCAAUAUGGAAAGAGUUUCUGCCGUGGUUCCACACAAAAGUUGUGUCUAUCGGCGCGGACGAGUACACUGGCCCUGCCAACGACUACAACAAGUUUGUCAAUGCAAUGGAUGACUUUAUUGAAGCGGAAGCAAACAAGUCGAUCCGCAUAUGGGGCACUUUCCCGCCAAAGUUCACUCCCGGCUACAACAACAUUCAUAAGGAUGUAUCGAUCCAGCACUGGGAGUACUUUGAAGAUAACCCGCUGUUUGACUACAUCAAGAACGGGUACGAGGUCGUCAAUUCGAAUGAUGACUUUUACAUUGUGAACAAGUGGGGGCCAUCAUACGGCAACUACAUCAAAGUAGAGAAGACGUUUCAUGGCGAUCCAUCCGUUCCUGGAGGUGGACUAUGGGGUCCAUGGCUUUUCGACCAGAAGAACGCUACUAAUAAUCCUAAACGGAGCGAGCCGCUGGUCCUUGGUGCGAUCACGCCUCUGUGGAAUGACUACGGCCAGAACGCGACGGUCGCUUCGGAGGCGUACUAUGCUUGGAGAGAUGGGAUUCCUGCCCUGAGUGAUAAAUUCUGGGGAGGAAAGCUGAAUGAGAGUGGGUAUGCGAAGCUGUGGCCUAGACUUCAUGAGUUUAUUCCUGGCCAGAAUCUUGACCGGGCUAUUCCAUCAAAGGGGGAUACAAUCUUUCAGUACAAGUUUGACGGGGGGAGAGCUGGAACAAUCAAGGAUCUCUCGCCUAACAAGUAUGACGCCAAGUCGAGUUGUGAUAUCAAGGACGGUGCCUUGCAGGUCAACCCCGGGUGUUCACUUACUACGCCUUGGUCGUCCAAGGGUCGUGACUACACACUCAGUUUGUCGCUAAAGGUAGAUCAUGUCGCUGCCAAGACCAACACGACGCUCAUUGCCGGAUCGGAUUCCGCCUUGAUGCUAACGCCUAAUAUUACCUUGUUCGCAUCUGGUAGCUACUAUCGCCUGAAUUCGACGCUGCCGAUGGGUGAAUGGGUCGACUUGGAGAUUCGAGGAAAGGGAAAUGCCACUUUUGCUUCUGUUACGCCAAAGGGGAAGGAUACUACCCGCGAAGAGUUUCAGACCAAGAUGGGGAUCAAUGGACAGAGGUUCCAUUGGGAUGUUAUUGCUGUGGAGGCGCCGAUUAAAGAAGUGACUGGAUGGACCGGCGAGCUCAAGGAAUUGAGUCUGACGAACAAGGCGUAG